GUGAUGUAUUCGAAGCCUUUUCGCUAACGCGCGAGGAGGCGAUGAGAUUGAGACCCCACGUUCGAACCCAGGAGUCCUUCGAAAGGACUGGGCCGCAAUAAAGAGAACAAAUUUGAGAUCACGCUGUGCCGAGCAGAAAAGAGACAGACACAAACAGCGCCCUCGACGGGUUUUGCGCGACGAGAGUGGCCGCUGCCUGUGCGCUCGUAACUGGGAAGUAACUUGCAUGGCUGGAGUUUUUCACGGCCAAGACCAUGGGCGUCGUGCCCGACCGACGGAAGCACGCCAAAGGGACGAACCGUAGGAUGUGAACGACGAGACGCCACCAAGGUGGUGGGCCCAGUGGCAGCGGCAGCAUGUCCUCGCAGGAGCAGCCACUGCUCAAGCUGGACUCUGUGCUGUCGGCCGAGCAGAUGCGCGCCCUCCUGCAGGAGGCCACCGCACCACAGAACGACAAGCUGGACUUUGACGUCCUCGGAAAUGUUGCCGGGUCCGAAGAUGGAAACCACUCCCUGGCAGCCAUCGAUGACAGCUUCCAUGACCUGGAGAACUUGGUGCUGGACCAAGGUCCAGCGUCAGGGGCCCUGUUUGCAGAGACAUCGGAGGCAGACGUGGAAGCACUGCUCAAGGCCACCCUGGGUGCAGAGGACCUGCUCAGCCCCAUCGACCUGGUGCUGCUUGAUCACUGUUACUGCACACCCCUCGUGGGACAACUGGUCUCUGACCCCCCAGUCCAGCAAGAUCUGGAACAAAGCACGUCACAUGAUGAGGCCGAUGGCGAUGAAGCUGGCCUGGUGUCUCCAGGCUCGCCCCAGCAGCCACUGCGGCGGUCGCAACGCCAGAUCGAGCGCAUUGACCGUGAGCGCCUGGAGCGUAUCAAGGCCGAGAACGCCGAGCAGAAGCGCCGCGAGCAGGAGGAGAUGGCAGGCCAGCACACUCCAGUGCUGGGGGCGGAGUCUCCGCAGGCCCCGCCCCCAGUUCCUGCCACCUUCAGCUCACCGCUCCUCUCGCCAACGCCAGCAGUGGCAACACCGCCACGUGUCACGUCUCCUGUUCAGCCUCAGCCACAACAGCCCCAACAACCGCCUGGGCCAGCACCGACAUUAGCCACAACCACCAAAGAGAAAGCAUCUACCGUCGCACCAACCUUGCAGCCAAAGUCGGCACGGAGAGGCAAGGUUCGCAACAGCGAGUCCACCUCUUCGACGGAGGAAGUCCCAGAAGACGGGACGUUGCCGGUUGCCAGCCCGACUCGGGCACGCAAGAAGCGACCCCGCGAAGAUCCCGAGCGUGCCGAAGCGGCCAAGCCAAAAAAGAGCCCCGUGCCCCGUAAAAGUAGUGCCGACGGUGCAGCGCCGUUGAAGGGUCGCAGAGACAGUUCGGGCCACCAGAAGGUUCCACCACCUAGAGCGGAGGAGGCCAAGCAAGAGCACCACCCACCGGCCAGGCGCAAGAGCGACGAUGGAGAGGCCAAGAAGAGGAAGCAUGCGCCAGAGCCCGUUUCACCGUUUGGCAAGGUGGUGAAGGUGGUGCGCACCGCACCCGAGCCCAAAAAGAGGCCCCGGCGAGAGAGUUUCACAGACGAGCCCGCGCUCUUCAGUCAACCAGAUGUACUGCAUAAGGAACACGAGCCACAAGCUGCACCUGUACCUGCGUCACCAGCUGCCACCCCAGUUCAAACGGCUGUUGCUGCGGCGCCCACAGCAGCUGCACCAACAGCACCCAAGCCUGUUUUUCCCGGUGACGAAUCGGUGUACGAUUCUGUAGAGGCACACGUGGCACGACUCGCCGGUGGGAUAGAGCACAGCGUGACGCCAACCUCCGUGCCGAUGCCCACUGCAGCCGUGCCAGCCAAUCCGGUGACGAGUGCACCUGUAGCACCAGCUGCAGGGGCAACUGUGUCUCAGCACAGGCACACGACUGCUGCAAAGCACGGGCCUGUGGAAGCCAAGUCAUUACCAAAGAAGCCAGCGCCUUCAAAGCCAGCUGCUGCAAAGCCGGCCCAUCCGGGCCAGCCAGACCACAAGAAGCCAGCGCUGGCCGUAGCCGUCAAGUCGGCACCGCCACCGCCUAGCCCCGCUAAAGUAAAACAUGCCGGACAGCACGUGGCACCUUCGCCAAAAACGCCCAAGCUUGCCAAGGCGAGCCCCAAGGUGCCCCAGGGCAAGCCACCAGGGUCGACCAAGAAGCCCGAGCAACACAAGCAGCCAAAGAAGAUGCGGCCCGAACAGCCCCCUACACCGGUGGCGGCAGCACAAGCGACCACCCCACCUGCUGUGAUUGUGGCAGAGCGGCCAAAGAGGCAGAGCAAGGAAAAGUUUAAGCGAGCCAUGAUGCGCAAGCGAGAGCUGGGUCGUCGAGUGGAUGACGAAGACGUGGAGGACAGCUCGGAGGAGGUGCACGAUUCGGAUUGGUCCUCGGAAGACGACCCAGAGCGGCUGUGGUGCAUCUGCCGCAAGCCACACAACGACAAGCUUCUCCAGCAAGCAUGGCGCAAAUCUAAAGAGGGUCCGUCUCGAGGGUUCAUGAUAGAGUGCGACCGAUGCAAGGACUGGUUUCACGGGACGUGUGUGGGCGUCACACGACAGCAGGGGCGGCUGCUCGAGAAAGAAAACAAGGAGUGGGUCUGCCCCAAGUGCUCCAAGGGUGAGAACCGUGCAGCCGUGACUGCGACGCCCAAGAAGGAGCUUCACCGGCAGUCGUCAUCCGAGGACAAGGCCCACCACGCGAAAAGCCACCAUGCGAAAACGGGUCCCUCCAAGCCCUCCCAUCAGCCAAAGCCUGUUGACGAACAUGGAACACCUGCUGCCCCAGCUGUCAAGCCUGCCCCACCUGCACCCAAAGCAGUGUUACGUGAAUGCUUGGUGUGCAAGCGCAAGGCUGAGUGCAUUGGCUUGUACUGUGGCCGUGACUGCAUCGCCAAGUACGUGCACGAUGCCAGUCAGACCAUCAAAGCAGCCAAGCUAGAUGGCGAGCGGCGGCUCAUGUUUACGGAGCGCAGCUCUGGCAAGCUUGUUGCUGGUGUCCAGACACCUACGCCUGAGAAUCUCACCAAUUGGCUGGUGCGCAACCCAACAUUUGAGCUGGCUGUUGCACGAACACCUGGGCGUCCACACUCGACCAAGCAGCCUUCUUCCAAGCCAGCGCAAGCCAAGCAACAACCACACAGCAAGUCGGUGAAGCAGCCAGCAGCCACUCAGGCACAGCCGGCUGCUGCACCCUCGGGAGCCAACACCACGUCGACAGCACCCACACCUAGCAGCACGACCAACAGCGCACCAGUCGAGAGCACAGGUGCUGGUACGGAGGCGGUGACAGAAGUGAAGAAAACGGAACCAGCCCAGCCGGCCAUCGAACCAGUCCGCCUGAAUGUUCGCAAAGUUCUGAGGGAUGCACUGCUCAAUAGGUGCAAGGAGGCCUCGGACCUGUCGUUGUCGGGUGACGAGGUGCGUCGCAUGGCGUUGCGCAUCGAGGAGGAGCUGUUCAAGGUGUUCCGGGACACCGGCACGCGUUACAAGUCCAAGUACCGCAGCCUGGUGUUCAACAUCAAGGACAGCCGCAACCAGGGCCUCUUCCGCAAGAUCCUUCGGGGCAAGAUUGCUCCCGACCGGCUGGUGCGCAUGACUCCCGAGGAGCUAGCCUCAAAGGAACUGGCCCGCUGGCGGGAGCAGGAGAACAAGCACAAAGCUGAAGAGAAAGCAGUGGCUGAUCAGCCUGAGCCACCGGCUGCAGUGGCACGUGUGCCAAGUGUUGGCAGCACAACAGCGACCACCGAGGCAGUUGACAAAUCGGGCAGGGACACAACAGAUGGACACCGGUCACACCUCUUUGAUCUCAACUGCAAGAUCUGCACGGGGAAGAUUGCCCCACCCCCUGAUGAUAGGCUGACCCCUUCACCACCACCAUCACGACGUUCGUCGACGGCGAGCAUGCCUGCACAACCCAGUGGAAGCCUUCCAACGCCUGCAGACGAGCUGUCGUCGUCAUCUGCAUCGUCGUCGUCUCCUCCACCUCCUCCGCCUGCGCGCGGCCGGGGGGGCACGCCCCCGCCGUCAGUCGAACACGGCAAGGGGCUGCGGAGGCCACACGAGGACUCUUCGGACCUGGAGCCGAGUUCUACCGUUUCGCUCGGAUCCCCGGACUCUGGCAAGGGUGGCAGCAAACAGCCUCAGCCAACGUCUGUGUGGAAGGGCUUCAUCAGCAUGCAGGAGGUGUCCAAAUUUGUCACAGCUGCCUACAAGGUGUCCGGUCCUACUGACUUCCUCUCACAGCAGGAUAUCCCGGAUACAAUCAACGUCUGUGGCCGCAUCAUACCCGACCAGGUGUGGGACUACCUGAGCAAGAUCAAGCAGUCUGGCAACAAGGAGCUGUUGGUGGUGCGCUUCCAGCCCGCCAACGACGAGGAGAAGCGGCCCUACAGGGAGCUCUACACGUACCUGAACUCACGCAAGCGCUGUGGUGUCGUGGGCGGCUUGUCGCGCAUGCUCAAGGACUUCUACAUUCUGCCGCUGCCUUCACACAGCCCCGUCCCCACCGUGCUCAUGCCUUUCGACGGGCCCGGCCUGCAGUCCGGUCGGCCGCACAUGUUGUUGGGCAUCAUAGUGCGACACAAGAACCGCCUCAGGCCACCUUCCGGCAAAUCCAGGUCAUCGUGGACCGAUCGCUCGGAGGCAGUGUCGUUGACGCCUCCACUGGCAGAGACCUCCGUUGGUGGGCACUCGGAUGACGAAGAGCCUUACGAACCCUCCUACACGCCGCCCUUAGAGAAGCGGCCGAGGCAGGCCCGGCCUCAACAGUCAUCGUCAACUCUGUCUGCCGCUGAAGAAAGGACUCCACUGGCAGAUGAUGAGGAUGUACCCUAUGACCCCGAGGAGAAUGAGGUUGGCAUUGCAGGCACCCCGCCCUCUGCAGAACCUCCUCCACCCCCUCCACCCAGAGUGUCCGGACAGGCUGUGAGCGAGCUAAUUGAGCGCAUCUCGGCAGGCGCCAACCCGGCUGCUGUCACGACGUCUGUGCUUGCCUCGCUGGCCUCCAAUGCCAACCUGGAACACCAAAAGCGUCUACUUGUGGAGCUCACUCAAGAGGUGGAAGAGCAGAAGAGGCAGAUAGAGCUUCAACGCCUGCAGGCUAUUCAGUUGUCGAUGGGCAAGGCGUCGUCGUCCACUCCUCCACGACCUCCUACCCCGAGUGAGGCACAGCCUGUCGAAGCUUCGGGCAUCCCCUUCCUUGACAGCUCGUUGCCCACCGACACGGGUCUGUCUUUUCUCAGUGGCACUGGGACGUCCUCGGGUAGCUGCAGCCUACCGUCAAGCCUGCAAGAGUUGCUCAACAAGGUGAAGGCACCAGUGCCGCAGCAGGCGCCAUCCUCCACCAGUUCCAGCGUUGGCGACGUCCUGGGCACGCUGCUGUCCUCUUCGGGGUCUUUGGUCACCUCGGCCGUCUCGGCAGUCGGGUCACCUCAACAUGCGCAGAGCCCUCUGGGGGCUAAGAAGACGCUCACCGAGGACCCAAUCGUGCGUCACUUUGCAGACGACGAUGUGGCAACCGAAUCCGACGCCGAGGGUGCCGGUGCCACACCACCACCUCCAGGCAUUGGAGACUCGCCACCGCCCGGCACUGCGUGUGUGCCGAUGUCGACAAUCGGCACCGUGGCAGGUGUCUCACGGUCUCCGGGCACACCCACCAAGGACGAGUUGGUCGUCGAGGAUGCCUCCCGGCCACAAGACCCACGAAGGCGGAAGACUGUAGCAUCUGCAUUGCAGUCAGCUUCUGCGUUGAGCCCGGCUCCCGCCGUGUCACCAGUCGUGACGGUGUCUUCGUCAUCCGGCACGACGUCAGGCAGCCAGCUCGGUGCCAAGUCCGCUAGCGAACUGAUGGAGAUGGCACGCAAGCAGCUCGAGGAGAUGGAGGUGCCGACCCCACCCAGUGUCGUUGCACAGCAGCCUCAACUGCAACAGCCCAUCGCAGCACCAGCUGCCCCUCCUCAACCUCCUGUUUACGGUGCUCCACCGCCCGCAAGCAUGUCACCGGCGGGAAUGCCGCCCACUGGUAUGCCACCAACUAGCAUGCCCCCGCCACACCCGUCUGCUGGGAUGGCACCGCCGGCAAACCUGGUGCCACCACCCGCUGGCAUGUACGGCCCGCCGCCGCCCUUGGACCCCUCCGCUUACGGGGCACCCCCCGGCGUCAUGCCACCGGGUGUGGUGCCACCGGGCUAUCCGCCGCCUCCUCCCCCUCAGUGGAGCACUGCUGGCGACCCAUACUGGAAGGGCCCUCCGCCUCCACCGCAGGCCGGCUGGAACGGUGGCGGGCGUGGCGGGGAGUACCGGCAGCGCGGGGGUCCCCCCGGUGGCUGGAGGGGCCGCAGGAACCAGUGGGAACACUAAACCCAUUGUUGAGCGAGCAGCAACGCCUAGGACUCGAAUGUCUGAUGCCUCGGGCUCUGAAGGAAAGUGGUGCAUGUUUGCAGGAAGGCCUCCCUACCUGCCUUGCCAAUCACUGUGGCCACCAUUGUGCCCCGUACUGCAGCACUCGUCACACUGGGAGCAUGCAACCCUCUGGAAGGCAGAACUCGCACACAUUGUACAGCUUCUCUUAGCACCCACUAGACCUUGCAGCUUCGCCUUUGGCCGUGCAAGAUCAGCAUUUUUCAUCAGAGACGCCUCGGUGACAUUGUCAGUGUAGCAUCUAAGACACUGAAUGUGUGAUGAUGACAUUUUGCCCAUCGCAGCAAAACACUCGUUUAGUGCUGUCAUAUACAUCCUCUCUCUCUCUCUUCAGCGAAAGACUGAAUCACCAGAGUGUUGAAGAGCAUUUUUUUUUUCUCUCCACAUCUGGUUUGCAAGCUCGUUGGCUUUUUUCUUUUUUCAAAUCCCCUGGAGGUAUUCUUUGUGUAGAUAAGCUCUGUGCCCGAUUUGGUUGGUAUGUUCUUAUUUUAUGGAUGCUCACUGGGCUGCUGGGACAAACAAUAUUGGGCUCUGUGUGUUAUGCAGUUUCCGAAACCAGAACACACAUAAACAGGUGGCGUCACUUUUUCCAUCCCCCCCCACGAUGUAUAGACACAGAAAGGACUCUGCAAUGAGAAUUGUACGUAAGCUCUUCAGACGUAAUGGCCAGCAAUAGGUGUGAGCACAUGCUGGUACAAGUGCUGUAAGCGUCAAGGAUGACAAGGGAGAAAAGUGCAACAUCUUUUUACACAGCUUCAUGUUUUAGGAGACAGCUCGAGCCAUCAUUAUCACCUCGCCUACCGUGCUCGUCUGUGCACCACCGACACCUGCGCCUUGUAAAUAACCCUCUUCUUUCGACCCACCUUCCCUUACAACCCCAUUAUUUUUAAUGUAGCAAUCACAUUGUCACCUCCAGUACCAGAUUUUAAACUUCAGAACAAAAUAAAAAAGAAUAAGCAUUGAAACGCAUUGUAAAACGAAACGGCAAACUGCUUGCCGACUCUUCUUCAGUGGACUGUGUGUACAACUGCAGUCCAUGUGAGAGGUAGCUUACAAACAGUGCGAUGAUGUCACACUCUAAACCCAAGUAUGAUUAGCUGCCUCCUCUUUCUCCUCCAUGUUUGCAAACAAACAUGCUUGAUCACCUUUGCUCAUUUUAAGCAUGGGUAAGCUUUUGUUGCUGGUCGUUAAAAAAUUAAUCUUUUAUGUGUUUUUUUUUUUUCUCACUAUGGAAGCAAAGGAGGCAUGGCAAGCUGACGGAAAUAGCAUCUUAAGGUUUAACACAAUAAAUUACUCUGGGUGACAGAGCAAUUGAGGACACAGUAGUUGUGAUUCACUAUU